AUUGUAUAGGAUGAUCACAAACUUAACCGCGCACUUCAUUUGAAGAGUUAGUGGAAGACACAGAGCAAAAUGUCUUCAGGAAAUGUUGUCAUUAUCCCCGUUGACGGGAGCAAAAACAGUGAAAGAGCAGUAAGCUGGUAUCUAGAUCAUCUUCACUCUAAAGGUGACAGAGUUGUUUUCAUCCAUGCAUUUGAUCCUCCACCUAUGCAAUCUGCAAAACACACAAGUGUCGACCUCAAGAACAACUAUGAUGAGUGGUGUGUCUUAAUUCAGAAGGCCCAAGACAAAGCCAGGGGCCUUCUGAAAGAGUAUGAUGAAAAAUUUGCCUCCCUAAAGGGACAACUGUCAUACAAGAUGAUUCAUGAUUCAGGCAAACCAGGAGAGGUCAUAAUUAGUUACAGCAAGAAAGAAAAUGGAACAGUAUUAGUAAUGGGUUGCCGAGGACUGGGCAAGCUUCGGAGAACAUUGCUAGGGAGUGUCAGCGAUUAUGUUGUUCGGCAUUCUUCCAUACCUGUGAUUGUGAUACCUCCAGCUAAGUGAUGGAUAGGCAACCAAGUAGUACAAUAAGCAUAGAUUAUUAAUGAAGGAAAAGAAACAUUGUUAUUUAGAAAGCUACAAAAUGCAGUGAUGCAAGCUAGAGUCAAGUCAAUCAAUAGUAUUUAGUGUUAUUAAGUUGAAAUAAUUUUAGAUUAUAUGAAUAGAAAUUAGUUUGGGGUGAGUAGAAAUGAUUUGUUUGACACACAAUGCAUCACUUCAUAAUUUAAUGUACAUGUUAGUGAUAUUCAGAUACCUGUCAAUCAUUUUUGAGUCAAAGGAGUAGAAUUUUUUUAUUUUAGACAAUUUAAUUAUGUCUGCAGAUGCUUGCGGACUUUUGGGAACACUCCUUCCAUUUCCAAAGUUGUUCCAGAGAGUUGCUUCACAACCUUUUCUUUGAUGUCCCCUUUUCUUAAAUCAGAGAUGUUUGGGAAAGCAUGAUCACUUGCAAGAACCUAUCUCUUCUUCAUUUACUUUUUUGUUACCUUACACACUUAAAGAAAAUAUGUCAGUCAAAACUUUAACAUUAAAGGUCCAAAUUUUAUCACAGGUGUAAGAUUUUGGCAGGUAGAUAGAAUUUACUAUUAGUAUUACUUAAGCUACAUCUGAGGUACAAUCUAUUUUUAAUUUAUUGUACAGUUGAACUACUAUAAUAGGUGUGCCCACCCCCCAGGCCAUAAUUUCAUAGAAGCACCCCUUCCCCUACAAAAACCUCCACGUGUCCCCUGAUUUUCAUUAAUAGUAGGGAUACAAGAAAACCUGUUUCUAUUGGCGUAAUAUUUAUAACUUUUUAAGCUUCAACUACAGUGGAAUUAGUACAGGAUAAUUUUUUCUCUUCCAUCUUGUUCCAGUUGUUUCCAACUCCACGUGCUUGCAGUGUUCUUUUGUGUGUCAUCAGUUCUUUUAUUUUCACCCAAUGCUGGGCUAACUUAUUAAGCACCCCCUUGAUUAAGCCCCCUCCUUUCAAUAAGUGCUGCCUUCCACCCCACCCUGCCCCACCCCCCCUUUUAGCCAACAAUCAGCAUCUGGAAUCAUCAAAUCAGCACCUGGAUGCUUAUUUAAGGAAAUAUGGUAUCUUUAAAGUUCCAAGGAACAAUUCAAAUCCUACUUAUUUUGAACAACAUAAUCCAGGGGAACAAAUUUUAUGUACCAUAUCAGAUAUUGUUAAGAACAAAUAAUACCUAGCAUUUUUAGGGAAAGUUGGGAAAUAUCCACACCAUAACUGUAAAUGAUUACAUAAAUCUACUCUAAAGGAAGCUCUCUGAUUUAAAUAUAUAAAAAUCAAUAUGAGAACACUUUGUUUGCACAACUACAUACAAGAAAACUAAUAUUUCUGUCAUUGUUUCAGUUCAAUUGUCUUAAAUCAUUUGCAUUGUGGUCUCUCAUUUUCAUUACAACCUACAUAAUUAUAUAAUUCAA